UGCUUGUAAUCGGUGUGCAAUAGAUUUAGCCUACAGUUGAUUCGAAAACGUAUCAUCAUGAAGUGUGUUAUUUGGGUUGCUUUUCUUUUAACUGUAUUUUCGGCUACAUCUUUAGCUGCUGUUGCAAGCGGUCAAUUUAAAGAUCCGAAGCAUCCAGGCAAAUGCACAAUUAAAGAGAAUUUGAUUCUCUCUCCUGGCGAGGAAAUAAAGAAUCCUGAUGCAGAUUGUGGCAGAAUAAUUUGCGGAGGUGAUGGCUAUGCUGAAUUUCAAACGUGUGGUGUGGUAAGCAUUGUUGGCUGUAAGUUAGGGGAUUAUAUUGAUAAAAGCCUUCCAUACCCGGAUUGUUGUAAACGCAAGACAAUUUGUUAAUAAAAUCAUUGUGCUGUAACUUACUUCUAUUGUAAAAAUGUGUUUUGAAAUAUACAUACAUAAGGUAUUAUAUAACAUAAUGCCUUGACAUUUUUAAAAA